AUGAAUACUGUAGGGAAAAGGCUUUGUGAUCCUUCAAGAGGUCAAUGUCAUGGCUGUGUUGAUGGCAGAUCCGGACUCUUUUGCGAAACAGAAGUUGUAGAAAAUAAUCCCUUAACAGAAACUACUUCACUUGUGAUAGCAGUCGUCAUUUUAUCCUUGUUUAUAAUCCUAAUGGUCGUGGUUUUUCUUGCCUGCGUCCUGAAGAGGAAAUGCCAAUCCUCCCAUUCUACUAAUGCAGGACAAGAUUACGAAACCACUCUUAGUACAAAAGACAAAAAUCUCGCCUUUAAUAAAACUGUGACAGUCAGUAAGAGAUACAACAAGGACUACUUUGCACCGAGUAAGGUUGUGGACGGAAACUGGAGUAUUUACCAGCUGCAAUGCGCACUGACAGCUUCCGGUCAGAAGGAGGCUUUGUUAACGAUAGACCUCGGGGAGAAUAAAAAUGUUGCAUCAAUAACGAUGGUUCAUGGGACUUUAGGUUUCGGUUCAUACACAUUACUAUCCUCUGACUCUGGCCUCCGUUCUGAUUCUGAUGGAGAGGGACCAGUCCAAACCGCCAGACCAAGUAAAAGCAUUUGUAAAGAUAGCUUUGAUGAAAAAGAUGCCCAGGUCGUGUGCUUGGCAUGGGGAUCUCUACCAGAUAAUCCUUCCUACACGUAUUAUGAAGCCGGCUCUCUGGCUUCAAUUUAUGAAUAUGUCUUUAACUGUGAAGGGAAUGAAGUUAACAUGAAUAGAUGUCCAAAAGAACUAAAAGGCUGUUCAUCAAUGGAGGCUGUAGCUGUAAAAUGUAAAAGGGGGAAUACAUUGUCUGGAUUUUCUGUAUAUGUAUCUGAUACAGAAGACUGGAGGUCAGGGACUCUGUGUUACCAACAUGACAUACAACAAAUACCACCUCUUAAAGUCACUAUUGACUGUGUUACUUCCGGUCGCUACAUCACUUUUUACAACACAAGGAAUUUGACGUCAUUUCCAGGUGUUUCCGAAUUCUCAUACAUUGCCGCUUGCGAAAUUGCAGUUAAUGGUUGUGACUUGGGGUUUUAUGGUGUGAACUGUACACAGUGUCCGAAAAACUGUUUGAAUAACUCGUGCCACUUUCAGACAGGUGAAUGUGUGGAUUGUGUAGUCGGAUACACUGGAGCAAGCUGUGAAACAGCAUGUUCGUCUGGUAAUUAUGGUCAAGGAUGUGCUUUCAAAUGCGGAAACUGUUUUGAAAACAAUAUAUGUAACAAAGUGAAUGGAUCAUGCCCUGGACAGUGUUCUCCUGGAUGGAUCGGAGAUAAAUGUGAUCGAGUGUGUGUAAAUGGAUACUUUGGUCUGAAUUGUGGGUUGUCGUGCAAUAUUCCUAACUGUAAAAACAGUACAUCUUGUGACGUCGUCACAGGGGAGUGUCUUGAAGGAUGUAUCGAGGGUUUGGCCGGGAAGACCUGUAAUGAGUGUGAGGGGAACUUUUAUGGUGAAAGAUGUAACAUGACAUGCAGUAAAUUUUGCAAGGAUGGCGUCUGUAUUCGUACAACAGGUCAGUGUAGAGAUUGUAUUCAUGGCAGAUCCGGAUUUUUCUGUGAAACAAAAGUUACCGAAAUAAUCCCAGUGCAG